AUGUUUGGAGAGGGCGGUGGAGGAGGGGAUGGGGGAGAUGAGGACGAGACUCUUGAAGGGGAUAUGGAUGACGUGCGCAGGCUGGGGGUGGUCUGGGUGCGGGAAAGGGGAACGGGGGAGAUCAUGAGCUGGGAAGGGGAUCUGAUAGAUUCUAUCUUUGAUAAGUUGGAUCAGCAGCAAAAAAUGGUUGAUACCCUCCGCUCAGAUCCGGACACGAGUGAGGAGGAACACUUCAAGCUCAUGCUGGUAAUGACGGAGAUGGAGCGAGUGAAAUAUCUGGUCAGGUCAUACGUCCGGACCAGAUUAUGGAAGAUCGAGAAGUUCUCGCAGUACAUUGUCAUCACACCUGAAGUCCACCCAUCACUAUCUGGAGCCGAGCUGAGCCAUGCUCGACGCUAUACCGAGCUUUUACAUACCCAUUUUCAGCACUCUGUCCUCGACUCGUUACCCGAGUGGUUGCGAAAGAUGGACGAGACCUCUAGUGAUGGGCUCAGCAUGAUACCAAAACCUAAUAAGAACAUUCCCGUCUUGAUCUACUGUCGUCGAGAUUGCGGCGAAAUCACAUUACCAGACGGCGAACCAGCGGCAUUAGGGAAAGGCUCAACGCAUCUGCUGAAAUAUAACCUGGUCGAGCAGUGGAUCAAACUCGGUUGGGCAGAGGUGUUGUGA